AUGCUGAGCUGGCCUGAUGUCUCCGACAAACCUCUCUCCUCCACUGACAUCGUUGGAACGGUUGUUGCCAUGGGUUACGUUCUGGUGAUACUCUUCUGGCUCCUGUUCGUUUGCUUCUACUCGUGCUACAUUGAUCACCGAGAGCCAAAGAAGACAGUAACAAACCAUGCUGCUUCAAGAUCUACUAACACAGAUCCUCCUCCAACAAGACACAUCAUCUUCGAGAUCGUGAAUGUGAACGAGGAAACGGACAGUGCUGUUGAGAAACCGGUGGCUGCUCCAGACCAAGUUGGUCUGGAUAUCAAAACAGAUUGA